AUGCGGGAGGCGAAGUUGGAUCCCGACAUCAUCAGCUACAACUCUGGGAUCAGCGCGUGCGAGAAAGACGACAACUGGCAGCACGCUUUGUUGUUGCUCAGCGAGAUGCGGGAGGCGAAGGUGGGUCCCGACGUGGUCAGCUACAGCGCUGGGGUGGGCGCGUGCGAGAAGGGCAAUCAGUGGCAGAAGGCGCUGUCGCUGCUGAGCGAGAUGAGGGAGGCCAAAUUGGAGCCCGACUCCUGGUCAACUACAGCGCUGGGAUCAGCGCGUGCGAGAAGGGUAAGCAGUGGCAGCGGGCUCUUGUCCUUCUCAACGAGAUGUGCGAGGUGA